AUGACGGAACCAGCUCCUGCUCCUGCUGCCGCAGAAGGUGAACCCAAAUUGUCCAAGAAUCAACUGAAAAAGUUGGCCAAGGGUAAGGGAAAGAAGAAAGAAAAGCCACAAUGGAAUCUUGACAAGAAAAAGGAAGCCCCCAAGAAAAAGGUCGAAAAGAAAGAACCCUUUGUCAAUCCUACUCCCAAGGGAGAAAAGAAGGACAUGUCCAAACUUCCAUUCGCCGAUUCGUACGACCCUACUGCGGUCGAAGCGAGUUGGCAAGAAUGGUGGGAGGCCUCCGACUUUUACAAGGGGAAUACGGAAUAUGCGCUCACAAAAUCCCAAGAGGAAAAGUUUGUCAUGGUCAUUCCUCCUCCCAACGUUACGGGAUCCCUCCAUUUGGGACACGCCUUGACGGCGGCCGUCGAAGAUACCCUCACGAGAUGGCAUCGCAUGAAGGGACAUGCGACUCUCUACGUCCCGGGUACCGAUCACGCGGGUAUUGCCACGCAAUCCAUUGUGGAAAAGAUGCUCAUGAAGAAUGAAAACAAGACUCGUCACGAUUUGGGACGCGAAGAAUUUAUCAAGAAGGUUUGGGAAUGGAAGGGAGACUAUGGAAACAAGAUUACGACCCAAUUGAGAUCCUUGGGUUCUUCUGUCGAUUGGUCUCGUGAACGAUUUACCAUGGACGACAUGCUCAGUAAGGCAGUUUGCGAAGCCUUUAACAGAUUCCACGAAAAGGGAUUGUUGUACCGAGCCAAUCGUCUUGGAAACUGGUCCUGCGCGUUGAAAUCGGCCAUUUCCGACAUUGAAGUCGACUACAUUGAUUUGGAGGGACGCACCUUUUUGGAAGUCAAGACCCACAAGGGUAACCCCAACGACCCAAAGGGAAGAUACGAAUUUGGUACCAUUACUAGCUUUGCCUACCCCAUUGAAGACUCGGAUGAACAAUUGGUCGUCGCUACCACUCGUCUGGAAACCAUGUUGGGAGAUAGUGCCGUUGCCGUUCACCCCGAAGACCCACGGUACAAACAUUUACAUGGCAAGAAGGUCGUUCAUCCCUUUAGCGGACGCAAGAUUCCAAUCAUUACGGACCCCGAAUUGGUCGACAUGAACUUUGGUACGGGAGCUGUCAAGAUUACUCCAGCCCACGAUCCAAACGAUUACGAAUGUGGAAAGAGACACGGUUUGGAAUUUAUUACUGUUUUGACUUCCGAUGGUGCCAUCAAUCAUCAUGGUGGAGACGAAUUCCAAGGACUCAUGAGAUACGAUGCCAGAAUUGCCAUGGAAGAAGCACUCGACAAGAAGGGCUUGCUCAAGGGCAAGGAACCAAAUAAGAUGAGACUGGGUCUCUGCUCGCGAUCCGGAGAUAUUUUGGAGCCCAUGAUUACUCCUCAGUGGUAUGUCAACUGCUCUGGAAUGGCCAAGAGAAGUACCGAUGCCGUCCGCAAUGGAGAACUCAAGAUCAUUCCUGCCGAUCAUGAAAAGACUUGGUUCAAUUGGUUGGACAAUAUUCGCGAUUGGUGCAUCAGUCGUCAGCUAUGGUGGGGGCACCAAAUCCCUGCUUGGUUUGCUACCACCAAGGCCGAAGGAGAAACCAUCACCAAGAAUGACAUGGCCCACAAUGAUAGAUGGAUUGUUGCCAGAAGCGAGGCCGAUGCCAAGGAGAAGGCCCUCAAGUUGUUGGGAUGCACGGAGGACGAACUCGUUUUGGAACGUGAUGCUGAUGUUUUGGACACUUGGUUCUCCUCUGGUCUUUUCCCAUUUUCUGUCAUGGGAUGGCCCGAUGACACUGCCGAUCUCAAGGCAUUCUACCCCACUUCUCUUCUCGAGACUGGAUUGGACAUUCUUUUCUUCUGGGUCGCCAGAAUGGUCAUGAUGGGAUUGGAGUUGACCGAUACCCUUCCCUUCCACACUGUCUUUUUGCACGCCAUGGUUCGUGAUAAGGAAGGACGAAAGAUGUCCAAGUCUUUGGGUAAUGUUAUUGAUCCUUUGGAAGUUAUCAAUGGAUGUUCCUUGGAUGCCCUUCAAUCACGUUUGGACAGCGGAAACUUGCCCGAAAAGGAAGUUGCCCGUGCCAAGAAGAACAACCAAUUGGAAUUCCCCGACGGAAUUCCAGAAUGCGGAUCCGAUGCUCUUCGUUUCGGUCUUUUGGCCUACACCGUGCAAGGCCGUGACAUUAACCUUGAUGUUAAGGUUGUUGUUGCCUACCGUAACUUUUGCAACAAAUUGUGGAAUGCCACAAGAUUCGCUCUUCGAUACUUGGAAGACUUUGCCCCGACUGCUACUUUGAUGGAGGAUCUAAUGAGCAGUGGAAAGAUGGCGAAUCGCGACAAAUACAUGAUCUCUCGUUUGAUGAAGGGUGUCGAAGCUGUCAACGACAACUUUACCAACUACAAGUUUGGAGAUGCCCAACAAGCCGCCUACCAAUUGUGGAUGAACGACUUGUGUGCUGUUUAUUUGGAAUUGAUCAAACCCAUCAUGAAUGAUACGAGUGAAGAAAAGAAGGACGCUCGAUGGGCUGCCCAAGCUACCUUGUGGGUCUCCCUGGAAGCUGGUCUUCGAUUGCUCCACCCUAUGAUGCCCUUUGUUACCGAAGAAUUGUGGCAACGUUUGCCUGGACGAGGAACGCUUGGAGAAUCCGAAAAGCCAUCCAUCAUGUUGGCUCCUUACCCCGAAUGCAAGGAGGAAUACAAGAAUGAAGCUUUGGAAUCUGCCAUGACCACCAUUAUGGAUGUCGUUGGAGCUUGCCGAUCCUUGCGAUCCUCGUACAACAUUAACAAUAAGGUUUUGACUCACUUUUUCGUCAAGACUAUGGAUGCAGAGGAGAUCGUCAAGGCGCAGAUUGAUGACAUCAUUACACUCGGAAAAGCCUCCAAGGUUGAUGUUAACAUUGAUAACAUUCCAGAAUCCGUUGGAACCUCUGUGGUCAAUGACAAUUUGACUGUCUUGAUCGACUUGAAGGGAAUGGUGGACUACAAGAAGGAGAUUGCAAGAUUGAACAAGGAAAUGAAGAAGACCAAGGGGCCACUAGAACAACUCGAGAAGAAGAUGGCAAGUGAUGGAUACAUUGAGAAGGUUCCCGAGGAUCUAAAGAAGGAGAAUGUCGAAAAGCAAGAAGCUUAUAAGAAGAAGGUGAUAGAUAUUGAAGAAGCCAUUGCCAACUUUGAGAAGCUUUUGAGUCUAGAAGACAAGUAA